GGCUGAAAUCGGAGGAUUACACCAAAUCCCACCGCCAUCCCAAACGCGCCUGGAUUCCAUCCUGGAAUUCGACCAAUCCCAUGGAAUUACAGGACAUCCACUGACACCACCAUCAUUACCUUAAAAACAAUUCCAUCCCUCCUAAUCCUAUGGAAUUGGUCCGGCCAAACAGGCCCUUAUAGAGUUGGACCGUCCACGCAAUUGCUGGUUUGGCACGUGGGUGACGUGCAUGAGUGCGUGUGGAGGAGGGCGCACGUGUGGUGGCAAACUCCGUAUAUAUCUUCUUGGAUUUGAUUUUUUUUUUUUUCAAUCCCUUCGCUAUGAGAUGUUAGCAUCGAUCCGUUCCCCCCCACUCUUAUGCUUUCUACUGCACGUUAAAAACCUUUCAAAAUCUUCGGUUUUUCCUUCUCUUCUACCUCUCGUUUCCUUAUCCAAUCUCUGCCCUUCAUCACGAACCCACCUUGCAGACGAUGCCAUCAUCUUCCAUUCCCGCAAUCUGCACUGCUCAUCGAGCUUGCCUCCUAGAAUUUCCACAUCUCAGAGAGAUGUCAGCCUUGACCAGAACAUUGCUCGGUCGAAUUGGAUGAUCAACCAACUCAGCCGAGAAGGGAAGAUCUCCGACGCCCGACGCUUGUUUGAUGAAAUGCCUGAAAGAGAUGUUGUCACUUGGACGGCUCUGAUUUCUGGGUACAUCAAAUGUGGCUUGAUAAAAGAGGCUCGCCGGCUGUUUGAUGAAAGUGCAGCGAAGAAGAACGUUGUUACGUGGACAGCAUUGCUUGCUGGGUACUUCCGUUUUAAGCAGAUUGAGGAUGCUGAGAGGUUGUUUGCAGAAAUGCCUGAAAGAAAUGUCGUUUCUUGGAACACAAUGCUUUCUGGGUAUGCGAAGAAUGGGUGUGUUGAUUCUGCUUAUGAUUUGUUUCAGAAAAUGCCUGAAAGAAAUGUGGUUUCUUGGAAUACGAUCAUUACAGCGUUGGGCCAAGAAGGGAGAAUUGAGGAAGCAUGGCGGCUUUUUUAUCAGAUGCCGGUGAGAGAUGUGAUUUCUUGGACAGCAAUGGUUGCUGGUCUUUCCCAGAAUGGUAGGAUUGAUGAAGCUCGCAACCUUUUUGAUCAGAUGCCUGAGAGAAAUGUGGUGUCUUGGAAUGCAAUGAUCGCGGGUUAUGCACAGAAUCUGAGGCUGGAUGAAGCUUUCUAUCUCUUUGAGAGGAUGCCUGAAAGGGACCUUCCGUCAUGGAAUGCGAUGAUUACGGGGUUUAUCCAAAAUGGGGAUUUGAGACGUGCUCGGAAAUUAUUCAAUGAAAUGCAGGAAAGAAAUGUGGUUACUUGGACUUCUUUGAUCACAGGCUAUGUGCAAGAUGGGCAGAGCGAGGAGGCCAUGAAGAUCUUCUCACGAAUGUUGAACGAUGGAAUUAAACCCAACCAAGGAACUUUUGUAAGUGUUUUGAGUGCCUGUAGCAGUUUGGCUGGUCUCGGCGAAGGAAAGCAAAUUCAUCAGAUCAUAAACAAAACCAUCUUUCAGUUCAACACCUUCGUUGAAUCGGCUCUCAUAAGCAUGUAUGCAAAAUGUGGUGAGAUCAGCAUUGCCAGAGAGAUGUUUGAUCGUUCAAACCAAAAGGACUUGAUAUCUUGGAAUGGGAUGAUUGCUGCAUAUGCCCACCACGGUUACGGCAGAGAAGCGAUCUGUUUGUUUGAUGAGAUGAGGGAAAAUGGAUUCAAACCCGAUGAUGUCACCUACGUUGGGGUGCUAUCCGCGUGUAGCCACUCAGGCCUAGUUGAUGAAGGGAUGGAGUAUUUCAAUGAAUUGAUGAGAAAUCCAUCAAUCGAAGUGAGAGAAGACCAUUAUGCAUGCUUGGUUGAUCUAUGUGGACGGGCUGGACGACUUGAGGAGGCUGUGGAAUUCAUCGGCCGACUGAAGAAUAAACCAUCCGCGUGUGUGUGGGGGGCACUUCUAGGUGGGUGUAGUGUCCAUGGGAAUGUGAGGAUAGGGAAACAUGCAGCUAAACAGCUCUUAGAGGUGGAGCCCACCAAUACUGGGACAUACUUGUUAUUAUCUAAUAUAUAUGCAUCAGCUGGUAGAUGGAAAGAAGCAGCUAAAGUGAGAUUGAAGAUGAAAGAUCAAGGAUUGAAAAAGCAGCCUGGGUGUAGUUGGAUUGAAGUAGGUAAUAGGGUCCAUGUGUUUGUGGUUGGUGAUAAGUCUCAUGGCCAAGCUAAGGAGAUCUAUUACUUGCUUCAAGAUCUUUAUCAGAAGAUGAAGAAGGCAGGGUAUGUUCCUAAGAAGGAUUAUAGAGUUAAUCAUGAUUUUUUAGUAAUUUAAUCAGUAUUCCGUCGUGAUAGAGUUCCUUGAAUUUGUUUAUGGGUGCAACUUCAAGCGGAAUGUGCACACAGAGAAUUGUAUGUGCUGUGGGAGGAUAUGUGCACAAUGUCUCCUGGUGUGUGCAUUGCACACUGAAUUCCUGCCUUUUAUUUAUUUAGCUAAGCACUCGGAAGUGAAAGGUAUUCUAUAACAGUAACGGUGGCUGUAACAACCAUCACUUACCCUUGCGAUAUGAGCCGUAAUAGCCAUAACGGUCUUUUUAUUAUUAUUGAAGCUCCCCUUGAAAAACCAUUGCACGAUGUGAUGUUUGUUUUGAAGCUGCCCGUGGACCCUACAUUGCUUAAGGUGUCAUCGAAGGCAGUUUUGAAUCGGGCGGAGAGGGAAUUGUGAUGGCAUGUUCAGGAUAUUCCCCUUCUGGACAUCUAAGAGCACAGAUGCCCAUCGAUCCUAGCGAGCUGGAGUCAGGGGAAGAGAUUGACAUUAUUGGUUUUGUGAAGUUCUUGGUGCAAGGAGCUACCACGCUUUCUGGGAUUUCUCUAAGGCCAGUUUCCGAUGACAAGCCAGACUUCUACCAAGUGAAUCACAGCCAUUGGAAGGAACUGGACCACUGGAGCAGGCCUGGCGAGUAUCGAGGACAUGAGGAGCACUCAACAAAAGCAAUGCAUUAGAAGACGGCUUUGGAGCGGAUCAUGGGGUGAAGAUACUCUGACAUCUGCAAGGUGGUGGGUAAUGAUCAUGGGCCCCACCUGCUGUUGUGUCAGGGAAACAGGGUUCCAUCAGGUGUUUAUUAGCUCUAUUGGGAAACAUCUGAACCAUUAAGCUAACAUUCCUUGCAAGGAUUGUACCAAUUCAUGUGUUCUUACUAAUCACUGCAAAAGAGACUUUCUCCAGUCAGCACCUUUGAGGAUUACAAAAUGGAUAGGCAAAGAAAGAGGUCCCACCAACGGUCCAUUUUGUGGUCAUUACAGUCGGCAGCAACGAUCAACCAACCUAUCCAUGGCAGGUUAUAAGAUGACUGGUCCAGAUCUUGUACCUGUGCUGAGUUUCAGGACUGCUAGUAGGAAGGAAAUGGAAGUGACUUCAUGAGCA